UUCGGCAAGCUUGACUUGACAACAUCGAACCAACAACCAACAAAACAACCACCAAACAACAUGCAGAAAUUCCUGGUAUUCGCUGCUAUCGUCGCCUGCGUGGCUGCCCACCCCGGCCUUCUCGUGGCCCAUGAGACCCCAGUAGUGGCUGCGGUCCACACUGCCCCCGUAGUCCACGCUGCCCCAGUUGUCCACACUGUUCCAGUCGUUGGCUCGAAGACCACCAUCACCAAGAGCAGCCAGGUCGUCAGCCACGGAUCCCCCGUACACCAAGUUCAUGCCGUCCACACCGUCCCCGUUGUUAAAGCCGCUGUCGUCCAUACUGCCCCAGUGGUCCAUACCCCAGUUGUCCACGCUGCCCCAGUCGUCCACGCUGUUGCCCCAGUCGUUGUCAAGUCUGCCCCCUCAGCGGUCUCCCACAGCAGCUCCGUGGUACAUCACUCCUCUAUCCCAGUUGUCGCCCUCCAUUAAGUUAUGAUAUAAAUAUAAACCGAUGCCUUAGAAUAAAUUGAAUACUUCCGAAAA